AAAAAAAUGAAAAUGAGAGUAACAAAAAAAAAAAGCUAAAAGCAGUAUGAAUGAGUAAGAUCAGUAGAAUGAUUAAGUUAGAAAAUAAAGGAUGAUGAUGUAGGAACUAGGACAGAUUGGAGAUUAUGGAUAUCGUAUUAGAAUUAAUGGAGAAUAGAGUAAAUAAAGAAGUGUAUACAGAAAAGAGAAAGAGAAGAAGAGAAGAAGAGAAGAAAAAAAAGAAAAAAAGAAGAGAAAAAGGAAAAGGGAAUAGAGAAGUUGGGAGAAAGAGUGAGGUUUUGAAGGAUUAAUAAAUGAUUUAGUUUGGAUAGAAUAACAUUGACUAUUGACUAUUGACUAUUGAUUAUUGAAUAUUGAAUAUUGAAUAUUGAAUAUCAAAAGAAAAACAUAUCUCAUAAUAAAGUACUAAAUACUAAAAGUGAAUCAAAUUUUAAAUAUUAAAUCAGGAUGGAAAGUUAAAGUUUAAAGACUGAAAUUGGGAAAGAAGAAAAAAGUUUUGGGAAAUAUAAGAGUUUUGAAAGUUUGCAGCGAUUUAAGAGCUUUUCCACAAAAAAAGAAAUAAGAUUCAGGGAAAGAAACAAAAGUGCUCAAAGGAAACAGAUUUUUGUUGAGAGUACCCUAUGAAAAGCUGAUAGAAGGUUGAUGGAAAGUUGAUAGAAGGUAGACUGGUAUUAAUGUUAGAGGAAUAGCAGUGAUGAUCUUUCCAGAGAGACGAUCUACUGGAAUUCUAAAUUCAGAU